GGAUGAAAACUGGAGGAUAAGGACUGGAGAGUAACGGAAACUGAAGAGAAAGAGAGAGAGAGAGAGAGAGAGAAAGAAAGAAAGCGUUUGAUCUAAAGGAUUGAUUUAUUAUUAUAAUUAUUGUUAUUCAGAGUUCUGUUUUAGUGUUCCAUUUAUUUUGCAAGAAGAAGAAGAAGAUCGAAAUCCUAAAGCUUGAUAUGUUAUCAAAAUUCUCUUGUUUGACGCAUCGAAUUCAAAGAUGAGAAGCGUUAAUAACAAUAACAACAGCAAUAAUAAUAGUAAUAAUAAUAAUAAUAGCAGCGUCGACACCAUCAACGCCGCUGCAACUGCCAUCGUCUCCGCCGAGUCUCGCGUCCAGCCUACCACCGUUCAGAAAAGAAGAUGGGGAGGUUGCUGGAGUCUGUACUGGUGUUUUGGUUCCCAUAAAACCAAGCGAAUUGGUCAUGCUGUUCUUGCUCCUGAACCUGAAGUACAGGGAGCUGUAGUCACUUCUGCUGAAAAUCAAUCACAGUCAACUGCUAUCACAGUUCCUUUCAUUGCUCCUCCCUCUUCUCCUGCUUCAUUCCUCCAAUCUGACCCCCCUUCUGCUACCCAAUCACCUGCAGGGUUGCUUUCUCUUACUUCACUUUCUGUGAAUGCCUACUCCCCUGGUGGACCUGCAUCAAUUUUUGCCAUAGGUCCUUAUGCACAUGAAACCCAGCUAGUUACACCACCUGCAUUUUCUGCUUUUACCACUGAACCAUCCACUGCUCCUUUCACUCCGCCUCCUGAAUCUGUGCAGCUGACUACACCUUCUUCCCCUGAAGUGCCAUUUGCUCAACUCUUGACGUCUUCUUUGGAGCGUGCUCGAAGAAAUAGCGGAACCAAUCAAAAGUUUGCAUUGUCCCACUAUGAAUUCCAGUCUUAUCCACUAUACCCUGGAAGCCCAGGUGGUCAACUCAUUUCACCGGGUUCAGUGAUAUCGAAUUCAGGCACCUCGUCUCCUUUUCCUGAUAGAUACCCCAUCCUUGAGUUCCGCAUGGGAGAAGCUCCAAAGCUCUUGGGCUUUGAACAUUUUACUACUCGUAAAUGGGGCUCAAGACUGGGUUCUGGAACUGUGACUCCAGAUGGUGUGGGGCUAGGUUCAAGGCUUGGUUCUGGAACUGUCACUCCAGAUGGUGUGGGACAAGGUUCAAGGCUUGGUUCUGGAACUGUGACUCCGGAUGGAGUUGGGCUGCGGUCCAUGCUUGGUUCAGGAUCUUUGACACCUGAUGCUGUUGGACCUGCCUCUCGAGAUGGUUUCUUUCUGGAAAACCAGAUUUCUGAGGUUGCAUCCCUUGCCAACUCAGAAAAUGGAUCUAAAACUGAUGAAAAUAUAGUUGAUCAUAGAGUCUCGUUUGAGUUGAGUGGUGAAGAGGUUGCACGUUGUCUUGAAAGCAAGUCAUUGGCGUCAUGCAGAGCUUUCUCAGAAUGCCCACCAGACAGUAUGGCAGAGGACCAAAUAAAAAGUGGGAAGAUGCUGAUGACUGAUGAAAAUUUGCCUACUGGGGAAACAUCCGGUGAAACACCAGAGAAACCUUCAGGAGAAAUGGAAGAGGAGCAUUGCUAUAGAAAACAUCGUUCUAUCACUCUUGGGUCAAUUAAAGAGUUCAACUUUGAUAAUUCAAAAGAGGUUCCUGAUAAGCCGUCUAUCAAUUCCGAGUGGUGGGCCAAUGAAACGAUUGCUGGGAAGGAAGCUAGGCCUGCUAACAACUGGACUUUUUUCCCAUUGUUACAGCCAGAGGUCAGUUGACGCUCAAACUAUGCAUAGUGCGUUGCCCACUAUGUAUGCAAGGUCAAUAGGUUUUGCUUUACUGGAUGCCUAACCUCUCAGAUGUAAGUCUGAAGGCAACAGUAUGUUGGAGAUACAGUUCGUAAAGUCUGGGAUCACAUGAUGAUGAAGAUAGAAAUCACAAGCGGAAGGAUAUUAUUCUGUUGUGACCCAAAAGACACUUGUGCAAAUAGUUUGUAGUGACCAUUUAGUGUGAGAACUAAUAGAGCAUUCUUUUCAAUUUUUUUCCUAGUUUGUUGUCAUACAAAAAUAGCAUUUGCAUAUAGGUAUUCUGUCUCUGGUUGUUUUUCCUUUUCUUGUGUAAUAAUGAAAAGGAAUCGUUUUUUCUUAUACAAUAAGCUGUGUGUUCUA